UCCAUUGAAAUAUCAGUCAUGCCUAUAAAAAAAGUGAAAAACUUGACAUUUUGUAGCAAAUAAACUUAAUGGAUGUACAUUUGAUCCUUUAACAUUAUAUACCAUUUGAAAGGUAAAUCUUUUAUCUAUUGCUGCAUGUUAAAAUAUUGGUAACUUUCCAUGCCUUUCACUUAAAAAACAUAGCAGAACAUACCUACUGAGCCAGUUUUUUCGUCAUAUGAAUAGUUUUGUAACAAAUAUUAUUAAGUAGUUCUCUUUAAAAAUUGAUUUAUCAUUUAUUUAAAUGGGAACUGUAAAUAUUUUUACCUGCAGCCAUAGACAAAUGCAUAAGCUUUCAGAAAAUGUAUAAUUUUCCUGAUUUUGAUAUCUGAUUAAUAAGUUUUACUUGCUACAAGUUUUAAGUUUAGCAGGCAUGCAUGAUAUUUUAACUGGUUAGGAAGUUGCCUAUCUCUGUUAUCUAUGUCUCUGCUAUAAUUGACUGUAACUUGGUAAUUAAUUAUAAUGGAUUAUUUUCAUACUUUGACAAAACAUUUUGGACAAGAGCUUUUAAAAGGUUAAACUGACCUUAAGCUUUAAAUGACCUUGACUGUCAAGGUCAAAUUAUGAAAUUUGGUUAAAUUGUCAUAAUUUUGUAAUUGAUGUACCGAUUUGAUUUAAACUCGGACCAAACAAGACUUGCUACCAAACAAACUUAUUAAAUAAUUUAGAUGUGACCUUGACCCUAAGUAGACCUUGACUGUCAAUGUCAAAUUAGUGAAAUUGUUUUUUUUUUCAACUGGCUAGAACUUUGUUAUUUAUAAAUGGAUUAACUUUAAACUUAAACACAACAUCUUUUAGGUAAGGACCUUCAUGCAUAUAAAACUCAAUUUGAACUUGACUCAUGUAUGACCUUAACCUUGAAGUUCAAAUUAUUGAAUUUUGCUUGAUUUUUGCCGUUAUUGGCUAUAAUUUUUUAUGACUGGAUUGCUCUUCUACUUGAACAUACUUUAGGACAAUGUUUUAAUGCACCUGCAUAAUUUAGGUCAAUAAUGCAAGGUCAAGGUCACUAGAGUUGAUGAAAUGCUAGAUUUUGUUCAGAGCAUAUCUUGAACAUGCAUGGAUGGAUUUUAGUAAUUUUACUUGAUGCAGAUUUUCAACAGGUCUAUAGGUCAAAGUUCAAAGUCAUAGAGAAUUAAUUACCAGCAUAAUCCAGGCCAAUAUUAAAGGUCAAGGUCAUUGGAGAAGAUUGAAUGUAAUGAUUUUGUUCAGACUGUAUCUUGGACAUUCUUGGAUCAGGGAUCUAAGAAUUAUACUUGAAAUGGAUCAUUGUUUUUCCAUCAUGAAACACAAGAACCAGUUGUCUUGGUCAGAGGUCAAGGUCAAACUGAGAGGUCAGGGUUUUGUGUGCAAGAUCAAUUUCCAGAUUAUGUCAUGUGUGAAGAUAUGUGCUUGAAACCUGGCAUGUCUUGAUUAUAUAUGUAAUUAUAUUUCCCGUCCUAAGGCCCAUAAAUGUCUAAUUAUAGACCUUAAAAAAGUUCUUGUUAGAUUUUUGUGAGCAAGAUCAGAUUUUACCCCUAUUUGAUAUUGAAAUAAAAUUUAUAUAUAUAUCUUCAAGAUUGUAAUUGUUGGUUUCAACUUUAGCUUUAGUUUUUUUGACUCUCUAAACUUCUUCAUUAUACCCCCACAAAUGAAGUUUAGGGAGGGUAUAUAGGAGUCAGCUUGUCGGUCGGUCCGUCGGUCGGUCCAUAUCAUGGUUUCCAGACGAUAACUAGAGUUUGGAAUGAGGUAUUGUAAUCAAACUUGGUGUAUAGCAAGCUUAUAUGAAGACCUGGCUUGGUAUUGCAUUUGGACCCCCUGGGGUCAAGGUCAAGGUCACCGUUACUAAAAAUAGAAAAAUGGUUUCCGGACAAUAACUAGAGUUAGGAAUGAGAUAUUGUUAUCAAACUUGGUGAUAGCAAGCUUAUAUGAAGACCUUGGUUGGUAUUGCAUUUGGACCCCCUUGGGUCAAGGUCAAGGUCACUGUUACAAAAAAUAGAAAAAUGGUUUCCGGACAAUAACUAGAGUUAGGAAUGAGAUAUUGUUAUCAAACUUGGCGUAUAGAAAGGUUAUAUGAAGACCUGGGUUGGUAUUGCAUUUGGACCCCCUGGGGUCAAGGUCAAGGUCACCGUUACUAAAAAUAGAAAAAUGGUUCCGGACAAUAACUAGAGUUAGGAAUGAGAUAUUGUUAUCAAACUUGGUGUAUAGCAAGCUUACAUGAAGACCUGGGUUGGUAUUGCAUUUGGACCCCCUUGGGUCAAGGUCACCGUUGCUAAAAAUAGAAAAAUGGUUUCCGGACAAUAACUAGAGUUAGGAAUGAGAUAUUGUUAUCAAACUUGGUGUAUAGCAAGCUUAUAUGAAGAUCUGGCUUGGUAUUGCAUUUGGACCCCCUGGGGUCAAGGUCACCGUUAUUUAAUGGUUUCCGGACAAUAACUACAGUUAGGAAUUAGAUAUUGUUAGCAAACUUAAAUAAAGACCUGGGUUGGUAUUGCAUUUGGACCCCCCUGGGGUCAAGGUCAAGGUCACUGUUACUAAAAAUAGAAAAUCUACGGACAAUAACUAGAGUUAGGAAUGAGAUAUUGUUAUCAAACUUGGGUAUAGCAAGCUGAUAUGAAGACUUGGGUUGGUAUUGCAUUUGGGCCCACUGGGGUCAAGGUCACUGUUACUAAAAAUAGAAAAAUGGUUUUCUGACAAUAACUUGAGUUAGGAAUGAGAUUUUGUAAUCAAAAAUGGUGUAUAGCAAGCUUAUAUGAAGACCUGGGUUGGUAUUGCAUUUGGACCCCCUAGGGUCAAGGUCACCGUUACAGUGUUACUAAAAAUAGAAAAAUGGUUUCCGGACAAUAACUAGAGUUUGGAAUGAGAUAUUGUAAUCAAACUUUUUGUAUAGCAAGCUUAUUUAGAGACCCCAGUUGGGAUUAAAAUUAAUUGAAAUAUUUCUUUGUACACAUUUGAUAGUAUGUGUUCAAAUUUUUCUUCAGACUUCUUAUUUUUCAAAAAGUCAAAGUUGCUGGUGGGGGUAUUAAUCACCUUCAGUGAUAGGUCUAGUUGAUUUUGAAGUAAAUUUGAUCUUUUGUGAAUUCCUACAAAAUUCAGGCUCAUGUUUUACUGUAAAGCAAUGAGAAUUAAUGAACCUGCUGACCUAUUGUAACUAGCAGCUCUUUUUGCAAAACCUAGGUUUUAUCAUCUAUUUUUAAACUUUGGCAUUUUUAUAUUUUUCUGCCAUUUCUUGCAAUGUUUUAUCUAACCUCUACAAAAUGAUUUGUGCCACUUAUAAUUAUGAAAACUUCUGCAAUUGGACACUGAUGAGAUAUUAAGGGCCAUGUUGACCUUCUUUCAAUCAUAAGUAUAUACAUGUACAAAUGAUUAUAAAUAGUAUAUGCUAUAUCUUUGUUCUUCAUUCAUUAUUUACAAGUAUUUAGAAGAUUAUUGUAAUGUAGCAUGCAAUUAAUUGAUAUUGCAUUAUAUAUUAAUUUUCUAUUUUUAGAUCAUUCUAUAUUGUUGAAGAAAGCGGAGAAAGAAUGUGAUGCUACUUUAGCUAUAAGAUAUGCAGAACAUUUACUGAUGCCUCUUGUUGAUGAGAAGAAAUAUGUAAUAGAUACAUACCCAGGAAUACAGUCAGUAAAAUGUUGUGAUGUAGAACACCCUUUAUCUGGAAAGUGUGGAGAUACUUCAUUUGGUUUGCAGGAUGGAUGGCAUGGAAAGGUGGACAUUCUUAUAUGUGAUGCUGAAGAUAGGCUACCUGUCUUUAUUGCAGAGUCAACCGACGAUGAUGUUUCAAUGUCUGAUAUUGAAGAAAGAUCAUGUGAAAAAUCAUCUGGUGAUGCUUACGCUCAGAUGAUAGCGAAAACAUUUGUUUUUUCAUUUUUACAACAUAAACAGAAUUCAGGAAAAUUGCGAAAUUCUUUGAUUCCUAGUAUAGGAAUAAUUGGUGAAAAGUUCAUUGCGUUUAUGUAUGACUGUGAGAAUAAUGUUCUCCUGGGAAGUUGUGUAUUAAGCCUGUUUUAUAAAGGGUCUAUUGAUGUAAGAAGUGUAAUUUUUCUCUGGUUGGUUCUAAAUUACAGAUUGUUUUGCAGUGGACUAAUUGAUGAUUUUAAAAGUUUUAAGUCAGAGUUUCACACAUUAAUUGGUGAUGAAUACCUCAAGCAAUACAGAAAUGAAGUAACCAUGCCUUGUCAUGAAAAAUCCAGCCGAAAAAAAAAAGAGCUUAUGACCCAAGCAUAUCUGAAAAUCCUCCGGCAGUUAGAAAGAGGGUAAAUAGAGCCCAAUAUCCUGUAAUUCCAGCUUUGAAAAUUUAUGGGGAAGAUUGCAGUUAAUAAAUAACAGCAGUAGAUGAUGUGAAAACAGCACUGAGGAUUUUUUUUUUCAACAUUACUGCUGAUUGAUGAGGUUAAUAUUGCUGUUCUGAAAAUUGUAUAUGCUUUAGAAUAGGCCAAGAAAUGUAGAUUACUGCAAGUCACUUGAUCUGGCAUGGGUAAAUAUAUUCCUUCAAAGCUUAAAUUUAAGAUCUUCAGUCAGAAACUGCAUGACUUGGGAUUUAAAUAUUUCACAAAGGGUUUCUUCUAGGAGUUCCCUGCUCAUUUGGGAAAUGUAAUUCAUUGCAAGGACCUCGACAACUUUGGUUCUAUAAAGUCUAAGUGGGAGUUUGGCAUCUGGUUAUACAUUCUGUAUUGCUUGGAAGAAAGUGAUGGUAAUAUAAAUGUAAUUUGUUCUAUUUUUAGAUGAUAAAGUACAGUCACAGAGAAAAUGAGUAAAUCGUAUGGGUCACAUUAUUUGCUUAAGUUCUGAGCAUUUAAUUUUAUAGUGCUUGUCAGAAAUUGAUGAAAUAAAAUUUAAAAUUGAA